AUGGAGAAGGUGGUAACCAGGACUCACUCCACUCACCUUGUUUUAUGGCUAGUAAUCGUCUCUGAGUUCUCAUUACUCUUUUUCUCAGCUUUCUCUGCUGAAAUCCCAGCCAGAAAAAGCAAGGCUGGAAUUAGGAUGGUUCGUGAAGUCAAGUUGCAUAGAAAUGAUGAGAGAGUUUUUAUUGAUAAUGGACUUGUUGAAGUCACCAUCGAAUAUCCUUCGGGUUAUUUGUCAGGAAUUAGAUAUAAGAAAAUACCUAAUGUGCUCGAAACCAGAAACCACCACGACAAUAAAGGGUACUGGGACAUUGUCUGGGAUAAUCAAGCCUACGACAAAUUACCUGCACAAGAUAUGGAGAUCAUUACACAGACUGAGGAGGUAGUUGAGAUUUCCUUUACCAAAACAUGGAAAUCUACAACAGAUAACCGCAACUCAGUUCCUUUGAACAUAGACAAAAGGUAUAUAGUACGGAGAGGCGUUCCGGGACUGUAUAUGUAUAGUAUAUUCGAGCGAGAAGCAGAUUUUCCAGAUGCUCACAUGUAUCAAAUAAGGAUUGCUUUCAAGCUCAAGGAAGACAAGUUCCAUUUCAUGGCAAUAUCAGACAACAGACAAAGCAUAAUGCCUACAGCAGAAGAUCGAGAACCUGGCCACUGUCAAGUUCUUGCUUUUAAAGAAGCUGUUCUCUUGACCAAUCCAACCAAUCCACGACUUAGAGGACAGGUUGACGACAAGUACCAAUAUUCCGCAGAGAACAAAGAUAACAAGCUUCAUGGUUGGAUAUCAGAUGACGACGCCGUCGGUUUCUGGGUAAUCAGCCCCAGCAAUGAGUUCCGAAGCGGCGGCCCGCUUAAGCAGGACCUCACUUCUCAUGUCGGCCCCACUGCUCUCUCCAUGUUUACGAGUACUCAUUACACGGGCACCGACAUGAACGUGUUGUAUAAGAAUGGAGAGCCCUGGAAAAAGGUUUUCGGCCCUGUUUUCAUCUAUCUCAACUCCGCUGCUUCCGAUCCUAAACAUGGUUACCGUAAGACACUCUGGGGUGAUGCUAAAAGGCAGCUGAGUGAAGAACUCCAAAGUUGGCCUUACGAUUUCGUUGCUUCUAAAGAUUUCCCUCACGCUGAACGACGAGGAGAAGUUAAUGGUCAAUUACUAGUACGAGACCAAUACAUGGACAAGAAAUUGAUGCAGGCGAAAUCUGCCUUUUUGGGGUUGGCUGCGCCUGGAUUUGCAGGAUCAUGGCAGACGGAAGGAAAGGGCUAUCAGUUCUGGACUGAAACCACCAACAAUGGCCGAUUCAGUAUAAAAAAUGUCCGACCAGGAGUGUAUAAUUUGUAUGCAUGGGUCUAUGGUUUCAUUGGAAACUACAAAUUAGAUCAAAACAUUACUAUCCAACCAGGAAACAAGAUCAACGUGGGUACACUUAUAUAUGAUCCUCCAAGAAAUGGCCCGACUUUGUGGGAAAUCGGGAUUCCCGACAGAACAGCUGCUGAAUUCUUCGUACCGGAACCGAACCCAUCGUUUGUUAACUCAAUCCUCGACCAUAGCGUCGACAGAUUUCGACAAUACGGAUUGUGGGAUCGUUACUCGGAUAUUUAUCGUCACGGUGAUCUUGUCUAUAAUGUGGGUGUUAGUGAUUAUUCAAAGGAUUGGUUCUUUGCUCACGUUCCCAGGAACGUAGGAAACAAUACCGAGCGGGCAACCACAUGGCAGAUCAGAUACAGUCUCCAGGAAGUAAACGAGGCAGGAAAUUACACUCUCCAAUUGGCAUUGGCAGCAGCUUCAUACGCUGAAGUUCAGGUUCGAUUCAACGAUCCGAAACCUUAUUUUACGACGUCGAGAAUCGGGUGCGACAAUGCGGUACCGAGACACGGAAUUCAUGGAUUGUACAGAUUUUAUAGUAUAAACGUGCCUGGAAAUAGAUUUCAGAGAGGGGAAAACACCGUCUUUCUUACACAGAAAAGAAGCCAAAAUCCGUUCGAAGCUGUUAUGUAUGAUUAUAUUAGAUUAGAAGGACCUGCAGUUUAAUGAAUCAAGAAAUAGGAAGUUGGUCCAUGUUCUCUCUGGUAGUAGUAAUUCAUAUUCAUAGGCUUUCGAUAAAACGAGAGAAUAA